UGGGCGGCCCCCGGCUCGGGCUGUCCCAGGGUGCCCCGGAGGGGGGACGUGUGGGGUCGCUGUGAGGAGCCUGGGUCGUUACAGGCCUUUGGCCUCCAGGCCGGGGGCGGUUAAACGCCUGCUCCCCAGGCCUGGUGUCGCCUGGGCCCGGCCGAUGUUCCACACGGACAAAUUCAGGAUCCCGCCCGAUAUGGGAGGACUAAGGGGCUGAGUGUCCUCCUGGGCUUUCCCUGUGUGGCCAGGCGCUGAGUGUGGGAAAUCGCUAUGAUCCAGGGCCCCCGUGACCCCACCUGGGGGUGCUGGGACAAGAGGGGACCUGUCCAGACUUUGCCCAUCCGAGAGGUUGUGCUGGCAACUUGCCUGGACCUACAGUAACGAGCCGCUAGUGGAGCAGAAGGCAGCUGCUUUCACCCAGGCUGCCCACUCUGAUGAAAGGCACCUCGGAUGACGACGUCCCAUGCCCUGGGUACCUGUUUGAGGAAAUUGCAAAGAUCUCCCACGACUCCCCAGGGAGCAGCCAGUGCCUCCUGGAGCACCUCCUGAACCGACUGCAGAAUAACUCCUGUCACGUCAAGCUGAAGGUGCUGAAGAUUCUGCUGUACAUGUGCACACACGGCUCUUCGCAGUUCCUUCAGCAGCUGAAAAGGAAUUCCACCUUCAUCCAGGAAGCAGCAGUGUUCGCAGGGCCGCCAGAUCCCCUGCACGGCAACAGCUUGUACCAGAAGGUCCGAGCAGCAGCACAGGACUUGGCCAGUGCUUUAUUUUCGGAUACCUUGUCGCGCCCACCCUCUGCUCAGCCCUCCAGGCCACUUCCCCCAACAGGAAUGGGCUGCAAGCCCGGCCCCUGCAGCUCCUUGCAAGGCUUUGGCUUCACGAGCGAGAGAAGCGGCUCCCCUUCCGCCGGCGAGGCCCUGCUCACCACCAUACAGAAAGCAGCCGAGGCGGUCGCCAGCGCUGUGCUGCCCAGCCCAGAGUUCCCCCCUCCCUGCCCCAGGGAGCUGCAGGAUGAUGCCUACCAGCCCGUGACGGCGCCUUCUCCUGGCAAAAGCUGUGUGGUGCCUCAGAAGCCCCCUGCUGCUGCAGCCCACAGCAUGCGAGUGAGUCACCAACCUGGGCAGGCAGGAGGUGGCUGGGAAGAGACGGACAGUGGGCACAGCUCCCAGAACUCCUCACAGGAGAACGGGGAGCUGAGCAGGACCUCCGACUCCUACAGCAAAUCAGGCAGCGACAGCCCCUCUGGGGCCAGCAGGGAGCUGGGGACCGGAACUGAGAGGGUGGAGGGCGACUGCCUGCAGGAGCUGAGCCUGGUGAGCGCGCUGACCAGGGGCUCCAAGGUCUUCCUGACGCGGGAGGAGGCCCAGCACUUCAUCAAAGAGUGCGGGCUGCUGAACUGCGAGGUGGUGCUGGAGCUGCUGAGCCGGACGCUGCAAGACCCCAGCCAGCUCGUCUGCAUGAGGUCUAUGUGUGCCAUAUCCUCCCUGCUGUGCUCCGACCUGCUGGCCCACGAGCAGAUCUCUGUGAUUACCCGGCCACACCUGCAGCAGCUCAGCCAAAGAAGCCCCGGUCCCAUGGCCAACAAAGCAACAAAGCUCCUGAGGCAGUUUGAGGCUUUGUGCAGGAGCUGCCCGUCUCCCAAGAGAUCACAGCCAGACACGGAUCCCUCUGCUCCUGCCGGGGGCUCCCCCCAACACACGCGUGACUUGCUGAUGGACCUCAUGCCUCUGGCAGGAGAUACCGUUCUCAAGCCCGUGAGCUUAGCCCCUUCCCUCUGGGAGACACGUAAAGCCCUAGCAUUCGCUGCGCAUCCCGUGGCCGCGCCCGCCCCUGCGGGAGAGCAGGGCACAGAAGCGGAGACCUGCGAGCAGUUUGGGGAUGUUGCACCAGGCUGUCGGCGCCAGCAGGAGGUGGAGUGCAGACUAACGGGGCCUGAGGCCCAGCUGGAUGCUGCCCGGAUGGAUUCCGAGCGUGCACAGACGCUGAAUGGCAGCCAGGGGGCAGCUGUACCCCCUCAGAGCCUCUCCCUGUUCGCGGGCAUGGAGCUGGUGGCCCUUCCAGGCACAGCAGUAGCCAACUCUGGUGGGGAGGGAUGUGCCUCUCGUGUUCCACGGACACUGCCCUGCACUGGGACUGCCAGCGCCAAGGCUCACGGGGACUCCAAGGGCAGCAGGGAACCUUCUGCAUUCUCCUUCCUCAACAUGUAGCAGCUGGGGCUGCAGGACACUGAGGAACUGGGGUCUCGCUCGCUGCGUGUCGCGCUCAGGCCAUCACUACAGGGGCACCAGCUGCUCACUCCAAAGCGAGGCCUCCCCGUUCCUUGUGGGUGCUGCCAAGUCCACGUCCUGCAGACAGGGGCUGGCAGUGCUGGUGCUGCUGGGGAGUAUCUCGCUGGGGCACAACGAGGAAAUGGAGUCUCCAGUCACUCCCUUCAGUUUGAUCCCUGGAGGUGCCCUUGAAAAAUCCAUGAGCAACCCUACAAUAACAAUCCAGCAUGAUCCCACACGGGGGGGGGAGAGGGGGAAUGUGCCAUGACAGCCAGUUCCAGGCUGCCAAAGCGGGGGGGGGGGGCGCAUGGGAAUGAGAAUCCCCUUGACUAUACCCCCACGUUAAGGUUAUGCUACAGGUAUAAGGCUAAUCAAAUGUGCUUGGCUGCUCUGGCCAUCAGUGUCAGUCUGUAACACUGCUCAGGCGAGGGCCUGGGGCACGCUGGGGAGGGAGGGGCAGUGAGUCCAUAUGGACUCAACCUCUCGUGCUGUGCCUCAGCCUGUGUGAAUGAAUAUACUAGUAACUGGCUCAAUCACUUAACGUGUAUGGAGGGUGGCUAAUCGUACCUUGGAAGGUCCAGGGACGCCGGCUGCCUUUCCCCAGCACAGCACCCGCUCAGUCCCAUUGCUGUUGGGGUAGAGGCAUUGAGCAGGGCAGUCUGGAAGCCAGGUUUCAGAAGAUCUUUUCAAGGAAGGUGACACGUUAGGUGGUUUGGUUUUCCUACGGAGAAUCCGAUAUUGUAGCUACUUGUUAUUUGAAGGUGCGUUACACACACCCACCCCUUGGAGCGCUUUAGCAGGGCUGGCAAUGGAAGGGACUAAACACGUAUGUAGAAGCAUGAAUCCCUGUGUGGGGCAGCAGCCCCUUUCACACCUGCAGACUAAUCUCUUGCCCAAUCCUACUGGGCACAGAGAAGCCAACUUACAGGGCCAGGCUGCCUUGGGCAGCAGAUUGGCGUUUAUUCAGUGUUUACACGUCACACGCGAGUCCAUCUGGCUGCGAGAGCUAGUUAUGUACAAGUCUGUGUGUUGUCCUUGGGCUUAUGACAUCCAGAGCAGCCCACCUGUCCCCGUGGGGCAAAUUUGCAACAGGCAAGUUAAAGAUCCCUGGGGGAAAUCCCUUUCUAGCAGUGUCUGAUCUGCCCCACGGGGCAGAAGCUUGGGUGGGCUCCUGCUGUGUACAAAUCACACCCUGCAGCCAGGGCCUUGCUCACAGACUCCUGCCAACGGUCUUAGCUCCCGCAACCUGUCUGCUCUUAGGGCUGGGAGGAGGGAAGGGUCCAUUGUCCAGAAAGCUUCCUGGGAGGACGUUCCAUGUUUACAGAGCAUGUGUGUGUGUGGGGGGGGGGGUGCUAAUAUGACUUUAAUAAACACUAAGUUGUGUAUAUUUAAAGUU